AUGGGUAACGACGGUGGCAGUAUCCCGACAAGACGUGAGCUGGUCAAGGAAGCCGCCCGCGACCCGACCACCACCGAGAUCAAGCAAUCGCAACACGAACGACAAGAAUACGGCUGGUCCACCGAUCCCAUUACGCGCAAACCUCUCUCGCCGCCCAUCGUCUCCGACUCAAACGGCAAACUAUACAACAAAGAGUCUAUCAUCGAGUAUCUACUGCCGUCCGACGAUGUGACCACCACCAAGGCCGACGCCGACACAGUACUCCAAGGCUCAGUCAAGAGUCUGAAAGACGUUGUCGAGAUCAAGUUCGACGUCGACACCAAUGCUGAAAAGGAUGCGAAAAACGCCUGGAAGUGCCCCGUUACUGGCGAUCGUCUCGGUCCUGGCGAAAAGGCCGUCUACCUCGUCCCUUGCGGCCACGCCUUCUCCGCUACUGCCAUCAAGGAAGUCUCGGGCGAGCGCUGCGUCACUUGCGAUCAGGAGUACGCUUCCAACGAUGUCAUCCCCAUCCUGCCCACCACUCCCGAAGACAUUGCGCGCCUGAGUUUACGCGUCAAGACUUUGAAGGAGAAAGGCCUUGCCCACUCUCUCAAGAAAGCCGCAAAAGAGUCCAAGAAGCGCAAGAAGCGUGAAGAGGUCGACGAGGCUCCUGCUCUUGUCCCCGUUACCGACAAGAAGGACGCCAACAACAUCAACAACUCUUCCACUGCUGCUCUGACAGCAAAGGUCAUGCAAGAGCAAGAAGCAAAGAGGCGAAGGAUGCACAACGAUAACCUCAAGACCCUCUUCUCGUCCAGAGACCAGAGCAAACCUAUCGGCAAGAGUGCUGACUUCAUGACAAGAGGCUAUGACAUCCCUGCUGGCGCAAAGAGGUGA